AUGCGAUUCAGAACGACAAUAUGUAGACAUCAAUCUCUUGAAAUGCUGAAACCCAAACUCAGAAUCUAUGCCCUUUGUGGUGUUACAUCAGCGUCUCGUUUUCAUGUUGCACACAACCUGUUCGACAAAAGUCCCAACCGAGUUCAAGAAAACCACACAAGCCUGCUCUUCGGCUUUUCUCGUGACGGACGCACUCAAGAAGCAACGAGACUCUUCUUGACCAUCCACCGUUCCGGAACCGAGAUGGAAUGCUCAAUCUUCUCCUCUGUGCUAAAAGUUUCCGCUACUCUAUGCGACGAGCUUCUCGGUAAACAGCUGCAUUGCCAAUGUAUAAAGUUUGGGUUCUUAGACGAUGUGAGUGUAGGCACAUCGCUUGUUGAUACGUACAUGAAAGGGAGUAACGUUAGAGACGGAAGAAACGUUUUUGAAGAAAUGAAAGAGAGGAAUGUUGUUACUUGGACUACUUUGAUAAGCGGGUACGCGAGGAACGGGUCUAAUGAGGAAGUUCUGAAGCUUUUUAUGAGAAUGUAUGAAGAAGGGACUGAGCCUAACUCGUUUACGUUUGCAGCUGCUCUUGGAGUUUUGGCUGAGGAAGGAGUUAGUGGGAGAGGGAGGCAGGUGCACACUGUUGUUGUCAAGAACGGUUUGGACAAAACCAUUCCGGUUUCUAACUCUCUGAUUAAUUUGUAUCUCAAAUGUGGUAAUGUUGGGAAAGCUAGAGUUUUGUUUGAUAAGACGGAAGUGAAGAGUGUGGUUACUUGGAACAGUAUGAUCUCGGGAUAUGCAGGGAACGGUCUUGAUUUAGAAGCGUUGAGAAUGUUUCACUCCAUGAGGCUUAACCAUGUCCGGUUAUCGGAAUCGAGCUUUGCUUCCAUUAUCAAGCUUUGUGCUAACCGUAAAGAGCUGAGGUUCACGGAGCAGCUUCAUUGCAGUGUUGUGAAAUAUGGGUUUUCGUUUGACCGAAACAUAAAGACGGCUUUGAUGGUGGCUUAUAGUAAAUGUGCAGUGAUGUGUGAUGCUCUUAGGCUGUUCAAAGAGACGGGUUACCACGGGAACGUUGUCUCGUGGACAGCUAUGAUUAGUGGGUUCUUGCAGAACGAUGGGAAAGAGGAAGCGGUGGGUUUGUUUAAGGAGAUGAGGAGGAAAGGUGUUAGACCGAAUGAAUUCACUUAUUCAGUUAUUCUCACUGCUCUUCCUGUGAUUUCUCCGGCAGAGGUUCAUGCACAAGUUUUAAAGACUAAUUACGAGAGAUCUUCAACGGUUGGGACCGCUCUUCUAGAUGCUUAUGUGAAGUUAGGUAAAGUAGACGAGGCUGCAAAAGCUUUUAGCAGUGUUGAUGAUAAAGACAUUGUGGCUUGGUCAGCGAUGCUUGCGGGAUAUGCUCAGAGUGGAGAGACAGAAGCAGCUAUAAAGAUGUUUAGCGAGCUCACAAAGCGAGGGAUAAAACCUAACGAGUUCACAUUCUCUAGCGUCUUUAACGUCUGUGCUGCUGCUUCCGCCUCUUCUGGACAGGGAAAGCAGUUCCACGGGUUUGCUACAAAAUCAAGAGUGGAUAACUCUUUAUGUGUUAGUAGUGCUCUCUUAACCAUGUAUGCGAAGAAAGGCAACAUAGAGAGCGCGGAAGCAGUCUUUAAAAGGCAGGGAGAGAGGGAUCUUGUGUCAUGGAACUCGAUGAUCUCUGGGUAUGCACAACACGGACAAGCUUCUAAGGCUCUCGAUGUUUUCAAGGAGAUGAAGAGGCAGAAGGUGAAAAUGGAUGGGGUAACAUUCAUAGGAGUAUUUGCGGCGUGUACACACGCAGGGUUAGUAGAAGAAGGAGAGAAGUAUUUCGAUAUAAUGGUGAGAGAAUGCAAGAUUGUACCUACAAAGGAGCAUAAUAGUUGUAUGGUCGAUCUAUACAGCCGAGCCGGGUUACUUGAAAAGGCAAUGGAGGUCAUAGACAACAUGGCGUACCCUGCUGGUUCGACCAUUUGGAGGACAAUUCUAGCUGCCUGCCGUGUGCACAAGAAAACAGAGCUUGGGAGAUUAGCUGCAAAGAAGAUCAUUGACAUGAAACCAGAGGAUUCAGCUGCAUAUGUGUUGUUGUCUAAUAUGUAUGCAGAGUCAGGAGAUUGGCAAGAGAGAGCCAAAGUAAGGAAGCUGAUGGAGGAGAGGAAGGUGAAGAAGGAAGCUGGUUAUAGUUGGAUUGAGGUCAAGAACAAGACUUAUGCGUUCUUGGCGGGUGAUCAGUCUCAUCCUCUCAAGGAUCAGAUCUAUAAGAAGCUAGAGGAUUUGAGUACACGGUUGAAGGAUUUAGGGUAUGAGCCGGAUACGAGUUAUGUGCUUCAAGAUAUUGAUGAUGAGCAUAAAGAAGCUGUUCUUGCUCAGCAUAGUGAGAGAUUAGCUAUUGCGUUUGGGUUGAUCGUUACACCAAAGGGAAGUCCUCUUUUGAUUAUUAAGAACCUUAGGGUUUGUGGGGAUUGUCAUGCAGUUAUCAAACUGAUUGCAAAGAUUGAAGGAAGAGAGAUUGUGGUUAGAGAUACAAAUCGGUUUCAUCAUUUUAGUAGUGAUGGAAUUUGCUCAUGUGGGGACUUUUGGUGACAAUGAUAAAGAGUAA